CUUGGUGUAUCCUACUGCUGGAUGCCAGCUAACAUCAUGGUCAGAUAUUACUUCAAACACUGCUGUCCUAUUGUUUCCAUCUCAGGCGAGUGCAUGUAUGUUGUGGCCUUCAGCCCUUUUUUCCAGUGGCUCGUUGAGACAUACUCAUGGCAAGGAGCUCUGUGUAUCAUUGGUUCAAUUCAGCUCAAUCUUUUGGUGUGUGGAGCUCUGAUGAGACCCCUUAAACCUAAGGCAUUUUCCCAAACUGCUUCCCUCUUGGUGGACCCAACAUCCAAGAAAGCUCCUUUCCAGUGCUCAAUGAUCCAGAGGCCUGAGCUGCUGCUAUACAUUGCCUUUGCCAUCUUGGCUGCCUCUGGUUUUUUCAUCCCACCUCUAUUUCUGGUGCUAUAUGCCAAUCACAAAGGCACAGAUCAAUACUGGGCUGCCUUCCUCCUCUCCGUUUUGUCCUUGGCUGAUCUGCUGGGCAGGCUGGCCUGUGGUUGGCUGGCUAAUUUGCGGGUGUUGAGGAACCACCAGGUAUCAGCGAUGGUGUCCAUCUUACUGGGAGUGGUGGUACUGGGAGUGGUGGUGCUGUUCCUGCCCAUCACGCAUGCCUACUGGCCAGUCAUGGCUUUCACAACACUCUAUGGCUUCCUGUCUGGCUGCUUUGUGGCUGUCCACAUCAUAAGUAUAGUGGAAAUUGUAGAGCUGGCGGACUUUGACAGGGUACUGCGAACCUCUGGGGCAUUCGUCGUGCCACCUGCUGCAGGUCAGUGUGUCCUAAUUUGUAUCUCCUGUGUUACAACCAUCUUUUCCAUACAUUUACUCUAAAUGAUUUCUCUACGUGCUUUUUAGUAAAUGCAAUGCUUCAACCCAGGUCUCCAAAACAUUCCCUACUGUGAGAGUAAACAUAUUGUGAUCAUAAAUGUGUGACAACAUAAACAAUGAAUGCUGUCCGUGCCAGGAGACUUGGGAGUAAGUGAACCUUUCAACAACAUAAGUGACGAUGGGGUCCCCAGAUGGGAUCCAGUAAUGGUUAGUUCAGUCAGUUCAGUCUCCUGUUUUGAACCCUAUUUAACCCGGUGGCCUAAAUUGGAUUCACCAAAUAUUAACUAUGGAAUUAUACAAAUAAUGAUGAAACAAGAAACGCACAACAUACUAUGCUUUAGCUCAUCAAACCAUUCAUUACAUGUUAUCCAU